AUAUAAUUUUAUUUUUAGAUUUAUAUUUAAUAAUAAAACUAUAUAAACAAUAAUGUCCAAAAGUAGAGGAUUAUUUCAACAAUGCUAUCAAAUGUUUCAAAAAUCUUCACUUUCAAAAGGAUGUAUUACAACUUCAAUAUCUUCUCAAAUUCAUGUUCGAAUGAAGACAAAUGAUUCAUCAUCAAAGGAUAUUGUUAUAGAGAAAGAAAAGAAGCAUCGAUCAUACACACAUCCUGGAUUACAAUGGGAUAACGUCGCUGUCAAAUUAGCUGAAAUAAGACAAGUAAUGGAAGAAGGCGUAAAAUCUAACAGAGAAAGUAGAGGCAGGUCAAAAUAUUUUAGAGACGAUGAAAUUUUAUAUUAUUUUCGAGAAAGAGAUGACUUAGAACACUGGUAUACGGUAACUGACAAAGAACUCGGGGGUAAAAGUUGGGCAGAAUUCGUCCAAGGUGACAACGGAAUGACUGCAGCUUUUCGAGGAUACAUCAGUCAAAAAUUACCCAAAGUUAUGAUGCCCUCUGCCCACGAUAAACUUGAAAUGAAACAAAACUACAGAGGAUUUGCACUACUGGAGACAAAACCUUUUGUGAACGUUUCGGGAUUGCCUGAUUUUCUGAAUAUUUCAACUUUUAAUUGUUUUGAAAUUCGACUUCGUGGCGAUGGAAGAAGAUAUUUGUUUGAAAUAAACUGUGAAGGUCCAUAUAUGGGUUUUGAUGUUAUCUAUCUAACACCUAUACAUACAAGAGGAGGGCCUGAGUGGCAGACAAUUAAGUUACCCUAUGGAAAAUUUAUUGCAUCAAAGAGCAGUAUGUAUCUUAUGCAACAAAGUCCUUUGUCACAAAAUAAUGUAUCAAGUUUCAGAUUUUUACUCCUGGAUGACAUUCAAGGUCCUUUUCAGUUGGAGAUAGAUUAUAUUGCAAUGAAAAGAGACUCUACAGAAAUAUCAUCUGAUAUGAUUUCUGAAUACCACGAUCCUUUUACAGGGACUAACAAAAGUGUAGGAACUUGGUAGCUUUGUAUUAUUUGGCCAUCUCUUUAACAUAAUUUGUUUUAUAAGUGAAUAAAUUUUGAAUAUCCUUCAAA